ACUGGAUGUGGGAUACAGAGUGGGAUCUGCAGCAGAACAAGAUCAGAUAGCAGAUAUACCAAGAAAGUGUGAGACUGUCGACUACCCAUGACUCUAAAAUAAGCUGUGAGGGAUUGAUUUUUGAUUGGAUUGGACCCUACAGGCCGUGUGAGCCAUGCAGACAUUUCAUCUGGAAUAGCUGUGAUCAACUUGUUGUGCUAUUUUGAGGGUCAAAAUUAUACCUUCAGUGCUUUACUAGUCAUUUUCUAAUUUCUUUCCUGUUUCUGAUCAACUGAAUAUCAUUCGUGCAGUAGCGUUGGAGGACAGGACAGUAGGAGUGAUUGUAAUGCUCUGCUUUUUGAGUGGAGAAAGAGACACAUUAAAACUAGGAGGCACAGGCAUGAUGGUACUCUGUGGCGGCUUACUUUUCUGCCUCAGGAGGAUAGAGUGGUUCUACCCAUAACAGAAGAGAAGAGUUGAAGGAAGCCUGAGGAGAAACAUGCAGCAGUUUGGAUAAAGACUGAGAGAUAUUGAAGAAACAGAAAGUUGGGAAUCCACAUUUAUUGGGAACAUUUGUACACAAGGAAACUAUUUUUGUGCCUCACUUCUCAAUUCCAGCUGACACUGCGUCUGUUCUGGAAGGAGCCACACACUUCCUGUGAGCCUGGUCAGUUUUGUAUGAGCCGGGCUGAUCGUGUAAAGUGGCUCACGUGGCUCUGCCCCACUGAGGCAUGAGUGUGGGAAGGGCCCACCACCACAGUUUCGUGUCCUGUGAAGAAGAAGGCCUGAGACUAAAUACCAUGCCUGCUGUGGGCAGCUUCGGCAAUGGCAAGAUUCACACGAGACGCAAAUACCACAGCCGGUUUGUCAGCAAGGCUGGCCAAUGCAACAUCAAUUUCUCAAACAUGGAUGAGAAGUCACAGCGGUACAUAUCUGACAUUUUUACAACAUGUGUGGACAUCCGCUGGCGAUACAUGUUCCUGCUAUUCAGCCUGGUGUUUGUGGCAUCCUGGCUAACAUUUGGUCUGGCGUUCUACGUCAUUGGCCUCCUACACGGUGACAUGGACCAUCCUGAAGGGGACGACAGCUUUGUUCCUUGCGUCACACAGGUUAACACCUUCGUGGCAGCUUUCCUUUUCUCCAUUGAGACCCAGACAACCAUUGGCUAUGGUGCUCGUUGUGUGACAGAGGAAUGUCCGGCUGCUGUCUUCAUGGUGGUCUUUCAGUCCAUCAUGGGCUGCAUUAUCGAUGCCUUCAUGAUUGGUGCCAUCAUGGCUAAGAUGGCAAGGCCCAAAAAGCGUGCAGAGACUCUACUGUUCAGCCACAAUGCAGUUAUUGCUUUACGUGAUGGGAAACUGUGCCUCAUGUUUAGGGUUGCUAAUCUAAGGAAGAGCCACAUUGUGGAAGCUCAUGUGCGAGCCCAACUCGUCAAGCCCCGUUACACAGAGGAAGGCGAAUACAUCCCCUUGGAUCAGAUUGACAUGAACGUCGGCUAUGACAAAGGUACAGACCGCCUGUUUCUGGUUGCACCCCUCACUGUCAUACAUGAGAUUGAUGAAGACAGUCCACUGUUUGGCAUCAGUAAGCAAGAUCUCGAAACAUCUGAUUUUGAGAUAGUAAUUAUACUUGAAGGGUUGGUGGAGGCCACAGCCAUGACGACACAGGCACGCAGCUCUUACCUGCCCUCAGAGAUCCUGUGGGGUCACCGCUUUGAGCCCGUCAUCUUUGAGGAGAGGAGCCAGUACAGGAUAGAUUACGCCUACUUUCACAAAACAUUUGAGGUACCCUCCACCCCCAGAUGCAGUGCCAAGGACAUGGAGGAGAGAAAAUUCCCAACAUCUGGUGCCAACUCUUUCUGCUAUGAGAAUGAGCUUGCCUUCAUCAGCAGGGAUGAGGAGGACGAGGGCGAUGUGGAGGAAGAGGAAGAAAGACAGUGUUUAUCAGAGCUAGGGAAUGAGCAGGCCACUCCUGGACGAGAUCAAAAGUCAUCCCGUAGAGAAUCAGAGAUUUAACCUUUGGCUGUUGCUCGUCUAGUUUGUUUUUGGAUGCAGAGCAAUGCAAGUGUUGCGUAAAGAGCCCUAUGACUGUCAUCCUACUGACACGAGGAUACCACUACAGGAGGAGAAACAGCAGAACUGAUCCCUGUUAGACAAGCAGGGAUGAAACUCAUUGCACUUCUCACUGGAUUAACUCUUUUGCUUCCCUGAGAUGGUUACGAAGCAUUAUCAAAUGCAAAGAAAACUGUCAUGUUUCAAUUUGCAGAUGAUUCUAGUAAUAAAGUGCAUGACAAUAACAUAGUUUUGUAUGAAUAUUUUAAGACAUGUUUCAUAGUUUUGUUGGGACUAUCUGUAGGUGCUGUUCACCGUCCGCAAAUAUACAAUUUGCAAAUGAGUGUGGAGUGAAAUUGACACUUUGCAGAUGACAUUUAGAAACCUAAAGUGUGGGAAUAUUUCUCCGGAUUGAUUUAGUAAAAACAGAGGUGUAGCUCAACAACGUAUUUUAAUCUUAUUGAUAUAAUUUAUGUGUAUAAUAAGACUCUAAAUAUUAUACAUUAUACAAUGUCCAUGGAUGACGUGAUUAGUUGGCAUACAUACAACUAGACUCCAUGAAAGUGUGGGAGACACUUGAGAAGGUAGUUUUCUAAAUAUUUCCAUCAGAAAAAGGGAAAACACAGUUGAUGGUGCAUCGUAUGUCAUUUAAGCAUUGAUGACAGGGGAACUACUCUGUCUUUACAUUUCAACCAGAGGGAAACAUUUGACCCAAAUAGAUGUUAAACAUUUCAGAGUGCCUGCUUGCACCAAGGUGAGAAUAAUCACACUGCAGUAUUUUGGCUAUUUACACGUUAUUACAGAUCCCACUGCAUGCUGUGAUUGGCUAGAGCUCGUCAUGUUGACACCUCUAGGUCAGAAACAGUUAGGAUUAGUGCAAAGAGGUCAUGGUUAGGGGUAAUACCAGCUAAUCUCCGAUAUUCUGGGAUUAAAGUGGUGAAUUACAAGAGAAAACUCAUAAAUGUACGGCCAGAGAUUCAGGUGACAUAGUUUUCGACAACAGUCCAUGGCAGUAAUAAGAUAUGGUGGAUAAAUGGGUUACAGAAAAGUACAAAACCUGACAGCA